AUGACGUACACCAUCAUCUGUUCAGCAGGUUUUCUUGUGUUUUUGUUUACCAACAAUGUGAAAUUCCGUAUAUCAAAAUCAAAAGGUUCGGGAAACAUUUAUAUUUAGAAAACAGAGUUCUCCAAAGUGUCUAGUCAUAAUGGAUGAAUUAUCAAAGGCCAACAUAUCGGCAAAUAUCCUAUUCAGUACCGUCACUAGUACCCUGGAACGGAUUCAAAAUACAGCAGGACACGCAAAGAAAGUAGCGAUUUUGUCUGGAUAUUUUGAAAAAUUCGCCAAAUUUCGCGACACAUUUGCCAAGUCCAACGUUGAUUGUAAUUCGAGCAUCUAUCCCGUGCUCCGUUUAAUAAUUCCGAAAAAAGACGUGGACAGAGACAGAUACGGCAUCCAAACGUACACAUUCGGACAAAUUUAUGUUCGCAUUUUGGGUGUUCAACCGAAAAGUGACGUUGCUAAGCGCUUAACAGCAAAAUGUUCGAGCAAGGAUUACCCGAAUGUGGUGUACGAUGUAAUGAAAAAUCGUUGCUGUGAUGUGUGCACAUUGACGGUCUACGAUGUGAACAAGCAUUUGGAUACGAUUGCCGAUUGCUACAACAAUAACAAUCGCAAGAAAAUCGAUGACGAAAUCAUCAAAAUGGUCCAACGAAUGACUGCCAUCGACCAAAAGUGGCUGGUUCGCAUAAUUCUCAAGGACAUGAAUCUUGGCGUCAAGCCAGGUACAAUACUGACGACAUUCAACCCAUCGGCAAAGGAGUUCCUAAAUCAGUACAGUAGCCUGUCACGUGUUUGCCUGGCCGUCGAAAAUGGUGAGGUAUACGAGGAAAGUGCAUCCGUUGUGGAAUUGUUUCGACGUUGCAAUCCGAUGCUCUGCCAACGCGGUACUGUCGAAAAGCUUCAGAGUUUGUUGAGCCACAAGGAAUAUUAUCUCGAAACGAAAAUGGACGGUGAACGGUUUCACAUGCACAUCAAAGACGGAGAGUAUAAGUACUUUUCGCGUGGCGGUCACGAGUUCAAUUCAUUUGGAUCUAAUAAAACCAGCGGCUCAUUGACUCCGUUCGUUGAUCCUUUGUUUAAAGUCUCGGUGAAAAACCUCAUUUUGGACGGCGAAAUGAUGGUCUACAACAAGGAGCACCUUGUCUACCACACAAAGGGCGAACAUUUCGACGUAAAAGCGAUUCAGCCGAACGAUUCUACGCGUAGACCAUGCUUCGUCGCCUACGACAUUCUGUACUUCAACGACCAGUCUUUGAUUAACAAACCGUAUGCGGAGAGAUCGCGAUUGCUAGCUUCAAUUUUCAAUGAAAAGCCGGGCGUUCUCACUAUGUGCAAACCCAUCAAAAUCAGAGACAGCGAUCACAUAAUCGAGUGCCUAAACAAAGCCUUCGAUCAGAAGGAGGAAGGUGUUGUGAUCAAGGAAAGUGACUCCGUAUACGCACCGGGGAAACGUGUUUCCAGUUGGAUUAAAAUUAAGCCAGACUACAUCGAUGGGUUGGUGUCUGAUUUCGACUUGCUAGUCAUCGGUGGGUACUACAAUCCGUCGAACAAGUUUAUCUACAAAUAUUUGCUGGGAGUGCAAAAGAAGCUUUCUUCAUCUAAAAGCGAAUUCGUGGCCGUUUGUAACAUAAGUUCAGGCCUGAGCACUUCAAAGCGCAUCGAAAUCAACGAAAAAUUGAAACCAUACUGGAAGAACUGUGCGCACACAAAAUCCGGCCGAUCGACGGUGGUCAACAAUCCGCCCGGCAUGGAUUUCGGAUCGCAGACACCGGAUGUCUGGAUACAACCGGAACAUUCCAUUAUAUUCGAGGUGAGAGCCUCUGAACUGGUUAGCAGUACUUCAUACGGUACACCUUACACGUUAAGAUUUCCGAGAAUCGAAUCAUUGCGAACGGAUAAAUCGUGGUACGAUUGCUGUCAGUUGGAGGAAUACGAAAGUGUUUGCUUGUCAAACAACAAAGUGGAAAAAGCGGUUAAGCGGCACAUUACCGACACCGACAUAAAUGCAAUGCCACCGAAGCGAACAAGACAAUCGACGAACGAUAAGAAAACGAAAUUUUCAGCCCCAUCAAACGUUGGCAACAUUAAUCUCCUUUACGACAAUGUGCCGAAAGUGGAUCGCAUUUGUGAAGGCAAAGAGUUUUGUGUGUUGAACACGGCCAACAAUCUGCCCCCAUUGGAAGAACUCCAUAAAAUGAUUUUGAGGCAUGGUGGGAAAGUUGUACAGAAUCCCACAAAGCAGACAUUUGUUGCCAUCGCUGCUACUGAGUCGCUUCGUGUGUCGAAGUUGAAAGAAGCGAGAAUGUGCAACAUUGCCACUGUUAACUGGUUGAUGAAGGCGGUCGGUGUAAAUAUACCAUUAAAGAAGCUGAUACGAUUCCAUCCCAGUGACAUGUUGAGCUACACCGACGAGACGGCAGAUGAAUUUAGACGAAAGUAUGACAAGUAUUCCGAUUCAUUCACCAAACAGGUGUCGGUUGGCCAGUUGAAAUCAGUUUUUGAUUCAAUGGAUGAGAAGGAUCUUGACGUGUUAGAUCGAAACGGAAUUUAUCAACUGGAAGCAGAACUGGAGGGUGACCAAUCGAAACCGGUUAAUAUGUUUAGACUGGCAACCGGUCUGUUCUGGAACCCGGGAAAAUGUAACAAACGAAUGGAUUUGGCUGAAGAGUUUUUCAAAUUUCGAGGUGGCAAAGUAAAGGAUUCGUUUGACAAUCUGAGUCACAUAUUCGUGGAUCCGGACGGGUUUAAUGUCGAACAGUUACUCGCCGAACACAAUGCUAGUAGAAGAGGAAUCGAAAAAAUCCGAUUUGUGAGCUAUGAAUGGGUGAUGCAAUGCUUUAAUCUAGGUAAGAAAUGUAGCGCCAAAUCGUUUCUACUUGCAAUAUGAAAACUGUUUUCCCAGUAUUAAAAUUAUGAUUAAGAAAU